GUUGUUGUUUUGUGUUCUUAAUUCUUAAUUGAUUUUAAUGUGCAAUAUACAUUCUUUGUUUAAUUAAUGAAACGCUUUCGAUAUAUUUUCACAACAAAUAGCUCCUCUCUAGUCUAGCUACAGCCACCCACCCAACCACAACACACAACACCACCCGAAAUCGAAAGCGGCAUUGCGACUUAUUUGAUAGGCGCCGUGCUUUCGUCAACAUGGUCGACAUUAACUUAGAAUGCGUGGAGCUGAUUGAGCCACAGCGGGCGACAUCCACAGAGCAACAGCAACAACAGUAUCUGGAGGCGGCUCGCAUACUGCUCGUCUUGCUGGAGAAUGUGCUCAGUCAGCCAAAUAACCUCAAGUUUCGCACCAUACGUCUGGAGAACAAGGCGAUCAAGGAGAAACUGCUCUCAUUGCCAGGCAGCGAGCCGCUGCUCAUUGCAAUCGGUUUCAGACGCACGCCAAGCUCCAACGUGUACACGCUGCCAAGCGAGGUGCCGCUGCAGCAAAUACAAAAAUACAAAGACGUCCUAAGCAAGCGGCGGGAGGCAUGGCUAAACGGCGCAAUUCCAAAAAGUCCAUUUAAUGCUCAUGCAAAGCCUGUGUCAACAUCACGCCGCGAAAUGGCAGCUGUAUGUGCAACGCCUUUGUUCAUUCAACCUUCAGUGCCCUAUAAACAACGCAUUACCUUUCCACGAGUGCUGCGCACACCGAACCGAUUCCUGCAGUCUCUGGAAUUGUACAGCGAUGCCGUUAUGCAGUACGAGGAUGAGGCGCUGCUGGCCACCGGUCGCAGUCUAAUACCCGUUGAUGAGCUGACAACAAAUGCCAGCUGUAAGCUCGUCGCCAUGCAGGAGCUGAUCUGCUCAGGCGAGUGUCAAGAAAAGGAGCCAUGCAUACGUGAUUUGUUGCUUGUGGAACUCGUUAAUUGGUUUAAGACGGAGUUCUUUGAGUGGGUCAAUAACAUACCGUGUCAGGUGUGCGGCAGUGAAGAUGGCAAAUUGCGUCGUACCCAAACCGAGGGUGAAGUCCGUGUCGAGGUCACCUUUUGUUGUGGCCAAGAAACCAAAUUCCAUCGCUACAAUGACAUUUCGCAGCUUUUGGUAUCGCGCAAGGGGCGCUGCGGGGAGUUCGCCAAUUGUUUUACAUUCCUAUGCCGUUGUCUGGACUACGAUGCGCGGUUAGUGCACUCCCACUUCGAUCAUGUGUGGACUGAGGUCUACUCAGAGACGCAAAUGCGCUGGCUGCAUGUCGAUCCAUCGGACAAUGUGGUGGACUCGCCGCUGAUGUAUCAGCAUGGCUGGAAGCGGAGCAUUGACUAUGUAUUUGGCUACUCCCGCGAUGAUGCACAGGACGUGACCUGGCGAUAUACCAACAAUCAUCAGCAAAUACUGCAGAUACGUAAACUCUGCACUGAGAAAGAGCUCAUCGAUACGCUGAAUAUGAUUAGAACAAAGCGUCAGCAAUUCGCAACUGUCGAACGCAAAAAGUUCCUAAGCCAGCGUAACAUGUUCGAGGUCAUCUCAAUGACCGUGGAACGCACCCCAACGGAGAGUGAGCUGAAGGGCAGAAGCUCGGGCAGCUUGUCGUGGCGACAGUCGCGAGGUGAACACACAUUCACCAAUAUUUUCGUAUUCACGCCAAACGACACCGAGCUGGAGCGGCGUCAGUUAAAUCUACGCUACAGCUGUGCCAACGAUAUGUACGAACGAUAUACCAAAGAUGGCGAACGGGUGAACGUGCUCGAGACAUACAAAACAUGGCAGAGUGCUCAAUUUGCGUCGAAGAAUAUUUUUCGCAAGGUAGAGCGUGACUGGAAAAUGGCCUAUUUGGCGCGCUUAGAGGAUACGGACAGCGCUGAAAUCAUUUGGAAAUUUAAUUUAACCAAAACAAAUCUUAAGGUGAAAUCCUAUAAACUUAUCUUCGAAACGAAAACCUUUGGCGAGGGCAAAAUAAUUGUGAGCGUGGAAACCAACGAUGGCAACCAGUGCAUCGAAAACGCCAGUGAAUUCCAGAUUGUAGCCAAAUUAAGCGGUGGCAAAGGUGACGUGGCUUGGCAGCAUACACAGCUCUUCAGACAAGGUCUCAACUCAAGAGAAUAUCCUUUUGAGUUAGAAGUAGUAUUGCACUAACAAUUACAUAUAACUUGCAUAUGUCUGAAAAAAAAUUCAUAUUCAAUUGUAAAUAAGUCAACCAUAUAUAUAUAUAUUUAUAUACAAUAUACAAACGAAUUGUUCAAUGUAUUGAAAGGA